AUGCUUGCUAUGGCAAGUACCUUCGGAUCUCAUUUUUUCAGUUUUUGUUCAGUAGACUAUUUGAAUAAUGCAAGUGCAAAUAAAUUUUCUUCAUAUGAUGAAAAGAUAAAUUUUAGAAGAAAAAGGAAUGUAUCAUCUUCAUCAAAUGAUGAUAAAAUCAAUAUGAAUAAUGACGAUGAUAAAAUUUUAAAUGAAAGUGAUGAUUCACAUGAUAUUAACAAAAAUUUAAAUCAUUUAGAAUAUGAAAAACAAAAUAGUAAUACAGAAAAUAAUUAUGAAGAAGAAAAAGAGAAAAAUGAAGAACAUAUAAGGACCCAUAAUGAAAAAGAAAAAAAUGUUGACCAUCAUCAAGAAUUUCAAAGUAAAAAUUCAAAUGAAAAUGUACAAAAUUCUAUGAAAUUUAAUGAAGAUAUAAUUUCAAAUAAUCAUGAGAAGUCUAAUGAAGAUUCAAUUUCAUAUGAUCAUGAGAAAUCUGAUGCAAAUACAAUUCCAUAUGAUCAUGAGAAAUCUGAUGCAAAUACAAUUCCAUAUAAUCAUAUGAGAUUAGAUGAAAAUGAACUUCCUAAUACACCUACAAAAUCUCAUGAACGUGAUUGUUGUUCUGAUGAAAGUUUUGAUGAAUGUGCAAGAAAAAAAGAAUUGGAAUUUAAUAAUAAUAAAAAAAAUUAUGAAAUAGAUAAUGAAAAUGCAAAUGUAUCCAAUAAUUAUAGCAGUCCAUAUAGUGAAAAAAAAUUUAGAUUAGUCGGAGACUUUUCAAGAUAUAUGUCUGUUACAAUAGAUGAAAAAAAAGAUGGUUUUAAUAAUAACUGUACAACAUUAUUUGUGGGUGUUGAUUUAUUUCCUAAUGUUUCAGAAAAUUAUUUGUCAAAAAUGUUUGAUUAUUUAACAAAUUUUAAAGAUGAAGAAAUAAACAAAAAUGAAUAA